CUUCUGUUCCACAAUAUUUAUUUAUUCAACUCAUCAUAGUACAAAUUGUACAACUAUACAAAGGAUUAUGGGGAUGAAUACAAGUUUAAUGAGAGGAAAUGGAUUUUCAACAUCUCCGGUGUUGAGUUUGGCAAUGAAUAAAUUGUAUGACCAAUUUAAUGAGAAAGAUGUCAAGGACUUUGAAGAAUUCCAUGUUGCUAUUCUUGAUACCUUCAACACAAUCAACAUGGCAGUAACGCAAAAGCAUUAUGAUGCCCCAUCAUAUAAGGAUGUAAAGGAAAUUUUCAAUCGUUGGAAGGAAUCUAAUGAAGAAGCUAGAGAGGAGAUUUUCAAAGACUUCGUGAAAAAGAAUGUGAUUCUCAACAAAGUAGAUGAAUCUAUGAUAGUCACUGCAAUUGUGGCACCACCAGCAGCCAUGGUGGCUAAAAGAACUGGACAAAAAACGCUGCCUCAGCUAAAAUUUAUGAAUGCCAUUCCUGAUGUUGUGUUUGUUCCUUCAGCUACUGUAUUGGCUCUAAUUACUGUCAAAAUCCUAAGGUUAAUGUUCAUAGGAAAUGGCACAACAUCAAACGCUUCAAGUGUUGAUAACAUUCUUCCACCUACACGUGAAACUGCACCGGAUCCUUCACAACAAAACAUAUCAAACACUACAUCAGAAUCUAAUGCAACAUCAAAGGCCUCAAGUGUUGAUAACAUUCUUCCACCUUCACCUGAAACUGCACCGGAUCAUUCACUACAAAACGUACCAAACACUACAUCAGAAUCCAAUGCAACACAAGACAUGAUAAAACUAUCUGAUGCACAUCAACUCACCUCCAAGGGAGAUUAUUGUGUCUUGUGUAAAAAGGUUCAUGAUUAAUGAUUAACUGUUCUAUUAUAGUUUAUAUACUAUUUUAUAUUCAUGUCAUAUACUCUUUCCAAGCAUAAUUAUAUAUAAAGUAAGUGUAAUUUUAUAUAUAUUUUUAUCAAUAGUGAAAAGAAUAUCAUGCUCAUACUGCAUUGAGGU